AUGAGCGCGCGGCGAGGGGCGAGCGCGAGCGCGUUUCGAUCGUCGCAUCCAAACGUCGCGCCGGCGUGCGCGGUGAUCGUCGGUGAUGGCGUCGUGUGCUCGGUGGAGCCUUUUUAUGAGUACACACUCGGAGCGUGUUUGAGGUCGGGGGGGAAUCCGUUCGCGAACGACGCGGCGAAGGCGUCUUUGGCGGCGUUUCAGCUGUGUCGAGCGUUGGCGCACGCGCACGAAAAGAACUUGGCGCACGGGAAUUUGAGCGUCGACUGCGUGUGCUUGUCCACGCUGAGCGGCGAUGCGGUGGGCGUGCCGUUCGUACAAUUGUCCGGAAUGCAUAAUUCGCCGCACGCACGCGAUGGUGAGGUCGGACCUUGUCGAGAAAUCGAAGUGAUGGCGGCGAGCCUGAAGCAAAGGCAAACCGUCGAGACGAGCGCGCGACAUCUCACGUCGGCUUGGCGCGUGGGAGCGAUAAGCAACUUGGAGUACAUCGCCAAGUUGAAUGAGCUUGCACGUCGCGGGAAGGAUCGCGCGUAUUACGCCGUCGCGCCGUGGGUGAUAGACUUUAAAGAGUUUCCAUUCGACGCCUCGACGGAUUCUCUCCGCGGCGCGCGAGAUUUGAGCAAAACGAAAUGGCGUCUGACCAAGGGGGACGAACAGUUGGAUUUUACGUACCGAAACACGACGCCGCCGCAUCACGUGAGCGACGAUUGUCUCAGUGAACUCGGCGCAUGCAUUGCAUUGGCGCGAAGGACGCCUCGCUCGACGCUCGCGCGCGUCGUUCGAGCGAACUUUGUCGCCGACGAAUAUCCCAAGGAUAUUGCGCGGCUUUUUGAAAUGUCGCCAGACGAGGCACCGAUUGACUUUUACCUCAACCCGAACGUGUUCACGUCCAUUCACGAAGAUAUGCGCGAUUUGUCCUUGCCAUCCUGGUCUCAGGUUGGCGAAGGUUCGGCAGACUACUUCAUCAAAAUUCAUCGCGAAGCUCUCGAAUCGAAAGCGGUGAGCGAUAAUCUACACACAUGGAUCGAUUUGACUUUUGGUUACGCCACAUACGGUAGGGCGGCAUUUAUCGCAAAGAAUGUCAUGGUGCGAGAUGACGAAAAGAGCAAGCUCAAAUCGAGCGGACGAUUUUGUAUCUUUCACGCGCCGCAUCCAAAGCGAAGCGCUGGCGAAAUUCCGCGCGCGGUUCCAGCAGUGAACACUGAGGAUGACCUGUGCGAUGCGGUCGAAACAAUCAUUAAGAUUACCGAACCGUCGCUACGAAAUGUCCAAGAAAAAGAUCUACGAGCGCUCGGGCGCGUAUUGGGAGCCAUAUACGCCGGUGCGCCGUGUCCCGCGCACAGUGACGACACGCCGUCGUCGGUGAGUGGCCUCUUUAACAAAUCACCGAUGAAGUCGAUCAGUGACGGUUUAUUCGAUGAUAUCGACCGCACACAAGUGCUUUUCAAGUCUCUGAAAUAUUGGCUGAACCGCAUGCCUGUUGAAGCGCGAGAUGUGGUAAAACUAUUAAUGGACUCGCCGAAGCCAAUCGCCGCCUCCGCGGUGCGCGACUCGGUGUUGUUUUCAACAGAUAUCCGCAGUGCGGCAAUGGUCCUUGGAAAUUUGCGCACCGCACAUGAAUCGCGCGCGGCAAGGAUUAUGAUCGCUGAUGACGCGCUCAAGGGAGUUUCGCCGACUGUUGCACACCUCGUCCUAGGCGAUAUAUGCCCGGAAGUCGAAUCGUACGUUGGGGGCAAACCGCUCGCCGCGAAAGAUGAGAUGGAAGUGGCGAUGUGUUUGUCUUCUUUAGUGGUGACAGCGUGCGGCGUUGCCUCUCGUCGGGACGUCAUUGACAUGAUAGUACCGCUUGUUCUUCGCGCCGUGAGUGCGCCGAGCGCUUGUUUAAACGCCGAGGGCCCGACAUUGAAGCGCGAGUUGUUUGAUAUGGCUGUCCUCCGCGCGCUUCGCAAAGCGACGGGCGCGGCGACGUUCAACCGCAUUUUCAUUCCAGUCUUGAUCGCAUGUUUGCAACCCAAAUUCUGCAGCGCAGAAGAAGUAGCACGUGUGACGUGUGGGUUGACGUUCAUCGCAAAAUCGUCGCCGUUGCCCGUGGCGCUGCGAAGGAUCGUCGACGUUCUGCGCAAAGCAUUAAAGAGCAAUCGAGACGACACUUCGUCCGGAGCGCACGUUCUCGUAGCCGACAUCUUAGCGUCGUUAGCGAAGUCUCUUGGUCCGCAGUCUGAAGCUUUUAUUUUCAAAGCCUCGACUGCGUCGGCGCCGUCAGUCCUCGACCACCUCGAUGAGUGGCAUCAGCGUUCGAGCAACGACAGGAACAAUGCUGGCGCUUGGGGUUGGCUUCCACGCGAUGUGUCAGACCACGAAGAAGAUGAUGAAACUGAAACGAUAACGAUGUCGAGCGUGCUCGCGAAUGCCGGAGCGGUCGACGACGAUCCAUGGCGCCUACAUGUGGCGGCGUUGACGUCGUGGCGCGUUCACAGUCGAAUAGCUCGACCGUCGGCGCAAACGCUUUCUGUGAGUGCUGAUGAACGUCUCUUUCUUACCAACGGCGUGACGUCCCGUGGCGACAACGUCGUUCGUGUGUGGCGUACGAGCGGUCCGGAGGGCGAAAACUCGAGCGGUGCGAUGUCAGCCUACACAGGUCACGAAGCUACGGUGAGGGCGAGCAUGUUUCUCGAUUUUGUCAACGACCACGAAGGUGACGUGUCCAGGGCGUGUUCGUGCGACGACAAAGGAUACAUGCAUGUCUGGAACACGAAUAGCGAUCACAUCUGGCAGUUUUACUCGCGAGAUGCGGGAGGAUUCGAGUCGAUGUGCGUCUAUGACGGCGCUCGCGGUUCGCCUUACGUUGCUGGCGGCACGACCAACGGCGGAGUCCUCAUCGCAGAUGCAGGGGCGGGUAAAAUAUUUCGACAAUUCAAGUGUCCAAAUGACGACGCCGCAUCGGCCACCGAGGUGGAAGCGUUGCAUGCAUCAACGGAUGGCUUGGUGUACGCAAGCAAUCGAUUCGGAUACAUGUGUGGGUUCGAUUUACGAACGUCGGGCGUGGUAUUCGACGUCAAGGCGCACGACGGUGGCGUCAACAAAAUCGUCUCGCCAUCGAGUAAAUCUUACGAAAUUCUCACCGCUUCAGACGAUAUGACUGUGGCUCUUUGGGAUGUGCGCAUGAUCGACACCCGCGGCGACGCUAAGAAACGCUUCGACGGCCGAGUGCGCACGUUUCGAGGUCAUCAACACGAGGUUCGAGACAUCGCUGUGAGCACCAAGGGUGAUGUAUUCAGUGUGAGCGGUGCGACGAUAGGCGUGUUUGCUUUGACAUCGUCAGGUAACGAGAAGGUCGCGAGAUUUUCACCACUUUCCGUGUACGGCGAGCAAACGCCGUUUUGCGCGAUCCAGCUCUUGUCGAGUUCUCGUUUAUUCGCAACUUUGAGAUGCGACGGCGUGCUGAGCGUGUGUCGUUAG